GUUCUCUAGCCUCUUCAUAUUCAUCUUGCAACCCCAUUAUGAGGAGAGUGUCUAAAUUAUCCACUAUCGUCGCUCCCCAUCCAUUGAAUGGUGACCUCUGGUAUUUCUUCGGAUCACUAUUGAAUGGUUUGCCAGUGAGAGGAUGUAUCUCGUCAAAACCAUAGGCAUUCCUCUUAUAGCUAUUCCAAGCAUGUAGGAAUGCGUUCUGUAUAAUUUGUUGUCUAUAUUUUGUCUCAUCAUUAUUGUCUUGUCCGCCAAACUUAUACUGAAGCGGUGCUAUAGACUUAUACAACAACGAGUGUAAAUUUAGUGAUGUAGAAUUAUCAUCAUGAGAAAGUGUAUCAUGCUCAUAAACUGGUGACUCCUUAGGUUUAAAAUCAGAUGGUACUGGGAAGUUCUCAGUGACGUUUAACUUCUGAUACGUCAACGGCGUAUCUUCCAAUUGAUUUAUUGCUAUUGGUGGAUUCCUAGAUCUAAAUAUCGUCCAAUGUUGGUCUAAACUAUCAUAAGGUAGCUUAUCAAACGCUCUGAUGCUAUCUGUCUUCUCUGGUAUGCGUCGACUAACAAUAAGAAGUACAAUAACAAUUGUCGUCUGCACAACUCUCGCUCUCAAUUUGAGUCGAAAAAUCGACAUGAUGACAUUUAAACUUUUUAAUUAUCGCGUUUAAGUUUGUAUCCUUCCUCAGUUGGAGGCAAAGUACUUGAAACUUGCUUAAUGAGUUUCGCGUAGGAUUCAUCUGAAGCGAUUUGGUUGAAGUGCUCAACUCAUGUUUCUUGCUCUCUGCAGCUUCGUCUUUGCGUUUGGCACGCUGAUCGUUCUCGAUUUGAGACUUUGCUUUUCCAGCUUUAUCGUAAUUGCCGUUGCGUAUACCUUCUGCAACUUCCUUCCAGACUAAUCUAGACUCGGGAAGCUGUUGUUCUUCAAUUGGUUUCACAUUGACCUCCUCUUUUGGCAUUUGUGCAUCGAAAUUCAAGUCACCCUUGGAAUCCUUAGCUAAACCGGUCCAUUGACCUUCAACUUGUGAAAUAGUGGAUGAUCCAUUUGUCAAUGUUGCCUUGUAAGAGUGAGCUUUACCUGAGAGCCAACCUUUGCCUUUGUAGUCGAUGGUAGCGGAGGUACCAUUAGAGCCAACAAUGUAGCUUACUUCAGUGAGCUCAAUGUAUGGUUUACCGUAUAAAAUACCGUCAAUUUUGAGUCUAGGUAAGGUGAUUAGGUACUCCUCAGCAUUGCCAUCCUCGAGUUUGACAGUAAUAAUUGCGUGACCAACUUGCUUGACUACAAUAGAAGGAGCGCUGAAUGAUGUUUUCUGACCUGAGUGACCUUCCAGGGAGACACCUGCUUUUUCAUUGUUAAUGUAGUAAGCCGUGAUUGGGGGGUGAUCUGAAGCUUUGUUAACAUUAAACAGACAACAUGACAAUACACUGACGUGAAACUUGUUCGACAAUCAAAUCAGUUUUACCGCGUCCAUUAGAAUCCGGCCAAGAACCGUAGAAGGUCUCUCCAAGGAUAGGAUUGAGUGGCUUCUUCUCUGACCCCAUCUUCUCAUUUCUGGUAGCGUAUUGACACUUUAAGGUGAGGAUAAACCAGCGUAAAACCAAUUUAGCACGUUCUUCAGGUGUUUUUCCAGAUGAGAUAGCUGCGAAUUCACUGUAGACAAUAAUAAGAGACUGCCAUAACUGAAAAUUGCAUUACUUACUCAGGAUGCUCACACCAAUAUGCUAGAGCGCUACGUCAGACUUGUGGAGAUAUCACAAUAUAGUUGACUAACCUGGAAAUUCAGUGAGGGAGGUAGGAGACAAAAUAAAACUAAGGCGAGGUCAAAAUACUACCAAAUGCGUACGGAUAUAACCUUACGAUGGAGCUGUUAGACUGGAGAGGUCUCCUGACCAAGAUGCCAACCCUUUUACGAAGCUAGACCAAGUAGAUUGCUGUAUUUAAUUAGAAAUUGUAGCAAAAUAGCUAUUGUCCUACUUGACUAGCAGGUAAUUCAGCAGUUCCCGAAUUAGACAUGACAGUAAAUGAUAGAGAUAGGAAGAUGACCUACUGAUAAAAAUAUCACGCGAUUUCCAGCUCCAACGCUGUGUAUAGAAUACGCACCACAGCAGAUGGCUACAUCACCAAUCAAGUAUAAUAUUGGCCCAGUAGAUUAUAUACAGCAUACUAUGGAUUAUUAUGACGUUGAUAAACAAAGUUGUCUCUAGUAUAUUAGAAUAAUAAAUUAAGUUGGGCUUUCUAAACAAUGCUAUAGGGGUAUCCUUUGCUAGUUUUACACUGCCACCGCUUGAGGAGUUUCGCUACCAACGACGUCAUGAAAAUGAUGAAAACGUAUACUGCACGUAUUAUUAGAGAUAAGAUGACCCAUCCAGCUGCAACAUAGUAUUUGAGUGGAUCUGUCGUAACUAUUCCGGCGAUCGUCCAUCCUAGGGGUAUAACAGCGAAUAUCAAUCUAUCUGCGCUUAAAUUGACAAUCCAAUUGAUAAAAAAUAUAACUAUUGCUGUGGGAUAUGUACAUUCUCGUUGAGGACGAUGCUCUAGCUCAGUAUCUGGUAACCCGUUUGUCACUUUCUUCAUCUUCUCUGUCUCCUUCUGUAAUACAAGGUGUUUGUACACUCCUCCUAUAGUUUUCAACCUAAAUGUAGCUAUUCAAGACAACAAUCCUUGCUAUACUAAUUAGCGGACGAUGAUCAUGUCAGAUUUUGACAGAGAGUUGGUAUGUUUUGACAGGUGUUAGUAAUAUUCUCCAGGAAGACCAUGGUGCGUCAUUAUGAAACUGAACAAUGUGUUUGAGAUUUAGCGGAGAUAUUUUAAGACGGUUUAAUCGAUAAUGCUCUACAAAGGUUUACUUUGAAUAUCAAAAACACAUUCUACGCGGACGAUCUAGUGAAUCAUAUACUUACUCUACUGGCCGAACUAUGAAAAUAUGCAGCACGCGAUACACUCCACCGACCUCCAUUUACAUAGGUUCGGCGAUUAGAAUGGGGGGAAUCUUCACUCCGCUGAAUAGAAAAUCUUCACCGAUGUUGUCUUCAGAGACACGGCCAAUAACAGUGCAGAAACCAGCCCAAAAAACCAGAAAAUGCAUGAAACUGCGGCACAAACUGUUCUAGACCUUAAAUAAGAAUGAAUAUUUAAAUAAACACCGUAGUUUACAUUCCAGUCGUGAAUGCUAAAAAGAGACUAAAAUGAAGAAAGCUCAAAACAGAAAUCGGAGAGCUCUUUUCCUUUACCAGUACAUAUAACUUUGUUAGAUAUAUCCUCUAUCACACUCGCUUAAUAUUAUAACAAUGUCAGACGUAAGCAAUCAACUUUGGCACGGGUACAACCCUUCAAUUGGAAACGGUGGACAUGGCGCAGGGCUUCCAUUCCCAGGCUUCGAAGAUGGUGAUGAUUUCCAAUCAGAUGCACCAGAACUUGGCCCAACAUUCCCAGUCGAGGGUGGAGAUGAAGGCAAAGGCAAGGACUGGGACGAAGGUGAAGACUAUGAACAUAAAUGGAAUGGUGAUAAAGGUGACCAAGAGUGGGAUGAUGGUGAUAACUGGGAUGGCGAGAAAGAUAGCGACAGACCAGACGAUCACGAUCUGAAACCACCUAACCUUGACAAUGGCAAAUGUCACAAAUGGGACUGGUGGGGAUCAAAGCCUGCAAUUUCAGUAAACCUCGGUAACUGGCUUAUCCCAGAAUGGUCUUGGAUGGGACAUCCUGAUGGUAUCACAUACAACGGUGAUAUUUACUCACAAUGUGCUGGUCGUACUGAAGAAUGCGCAAGCGAGAUGAGAACCAAUUGGGAGGGUUAUAUCCAAGAAUCAGAUCUUGAAUAUAUUUCUGAACAUGGUGCCAACAUGGUCCGUAUACCAGUACCAUUCUAUGCAUUCAUCGGCACUGAAGGUGAAGAACCAUACCCAACUACAUCAGAGCAAAAGGAUGAGCUCACAAGAAUACUCAACCUCCUCGCCGAUUAUGAUCUUCAUGCCGUUAUUGAUAUUCACGCUGUUCCAGGAUCACAAAAUGGACUUGAACACUCUGGUAGAUUAGGUGAGGCAUACUUCCUUACUCAAACCGAUCAAUACUGGGAAAGAGGCCUUGACACAGUCCGUGCUGUCGUUGACUACGUCAAGAGUCUUCCAGAGGACACCCAAUGUCAAAUUGCCGGAAUUGAAAACGCAAAUGAAAUCAAGCCAGAAAAUGCUGACCAAAUUGGAACAACAAAGAAGUUCGCUGUUGAAUCCUACGAUAUUGUCAACGAAGCUGGUUUUACACUUAUCGCAAGUGACGCCUUCCUUGGUCCAGCCAAGUGGUCAGAUAUGUUCACAAAUGGUGAAAAUGUUGCCUUGGAUGUACACAGAUACUGGGCUUAUGACGAUCCAUCUGAAGUAAGUGACAGCAGUAUCGCAGAUGACAUCGCAAAAUUCGCCACUGAAGCAAGUUCAUUCCAUCUUCCAAUCUUUGUCGGUGAAUACUCAAAUGCCAGACCAUACCAACAAGAUGUCGACAGCUUGAGAUACACCUACCAAACCCAACAAAGCUUGUGGGUUGGUGCGUUAGCAGGAUCCUCAUUCUGGGCCUACAAAGGUGAGCAAGGCAGUGACUGGAACUGGAGGAAAGCUAUCGAAGAAGGUGCUAUUGACACAGUGGAUAACUUCAACUUUGAAGAGGUACCUGAAUGGCUUAAGCAACACAUUCGUGAUGCAUUUGCUGAUCGUUCACGUAUUUGAAACGCCUUUUCGCCUUUGAAGUACGAGAAAUCACGAAAUUUGUACGCAAGAAAUAGCAAACACGUAUACUUUUAAUAAGAAGCUACCCUUACGGAAUCACGCUCGUUUAAUUGUUCUUUUAAUAGUGAAUAUACAUAAUUUU